AUGGUCAGAGACUGCAGACAUACUACAGGAGAUGGUCAGAGACUGUAGACAUACUACAGGAGAUGGUCGGAGACUGCAGGCAUACUACAGGAGAUGGUCGGAGACUGCAGGCAUACUAUAGGAGAUGGUCGCAGACUGCAGACAUACUACAGGAGAUGGUCGCAGACUGCAGGCAUACUACAGGAAAUGUCCGGAGACUGCAGGCAUGCUACAGGAGAUGGUCGGAGACUGCAGGCAUACUACAGGAGAUGGUCGGAGACUGCAGACAUACUACAGGAGAU